AUGGAGGGUUACCGGUUUACUUGGGAAAAAGGAAAGGGUACGCCAGCUUGCAUUGAAGAACGAUUGGAUAAGGUAUUAGCAUCUAAUGAUUGGCGUGACAUUGUGCCUGGGGCUAGGCUGAUUAAUAAUCUAAUGAGGAGGUCGGAUCAUUCUGCAUUAUUUUUGAGUGUCUAUGGACUGUUACAAAACGGAGGAGGAGGAAGGAGAGGGUUUCGGUUUGAAAUGGCCUGGUUGUAUGAUGAUGGAUGCAGGAAUGUGGUGGAGAAGUCGUGGGAGGAGGGGAGGAGUGUAGGGAUCCAGGACUGUAUAACACACUGUGGGAACAAAUUGUCAAGAUGGGGCAGAGACCGGUACCAUAAGUUUGGUGAAAAAAUCAGACUCCUGCGGAAGCAACAGUUACAUCUUAGGGGUCGUACUGAUGUGGCAUCCUUGAAUGAAUUCCAGCGCCUGGAAGGAAUUCUGAGUAAUAUGGAGAUCCAAGAAGAUGCUUACUGGAGGCAAAGGGCAAAACAACACUGGUUAAGGAAUGCGGAUGCUAAUACGAAAUUCUAUCACAGGUACGCCUCUCAUCGUAAGAAGAAAAAUACUAUUUAUAAACUUAUGAAUGAUAGUGGGGAUUGGGUGGAAGGUGAUGCUAUGAGUGCAGUUAUUUUGGAUUAUUUUAGCCAUAUAUUUUCUUCCUGUAACCCAUUGAAUGGUGACAAUCUGUUUUCUGGAGUAUCCCCCGGGUAA